AUGACGUCGAUCAAAGAAGACGAAAAGAAAGAAAUUCCUGAAAUAAUCCAUGAUCCUCAAACAAAUAGUACAUAUCAAAGGCUAAGAUUCUUUGGAAAGGGUGGUUUUGCAAAAUGCUACGAAAUACAAGACAUGGCAUCAAAUCAAGUAUACGCGGGGAAGAUAGUAUCAAAAAAGCUCAUGGUAAAAUCAAGUCAGAAAGAGAAAAUGGCUCAAGAGAUAUCCAUCCAUCGAUCCCUGCUACACAAGCACGUUGUCGGUUUCCACAGUUUUUUCGAAGACUCUCUUAAUAUUUAUAUUAUUUUAGAGUUGUGUAAAAGAAGGUCGAUGAUGGAGUUACACAAACGUAGGAAAGCCAUAACGGAACCAGAGACAAGGUUCUACAUGCAUCAGAUUCUGCUUGGUGUGCAGUACUUGCACAGCAAGAGGAUCAUUCAUAGAGAUCUCAAACUCGGCAACCUGUUUCUUGAUGAUGACCUCCAUGUCAAAAUUGGAGAUUUUGGUUUAGCAGCCAGAAUUGAAUAUGAAGGAGAGAGAAAGCAGACUUUAUGUGGUACGCCUAACUAUAUAGCACCAGAAAUAUUGACUAAGAAAGGACACUCAUUUGAAGUUGACAUUUGGAGCUUGGGCUGUAUAAUGUACACAUUGCUUGUUGGCAAACCGCCGUUUGAGACGUCCACACUGCGAGACACUUACAAGAGAAUAAAACAGUGUGAAUACAGAAUCCCUUCAUCACUCCGCAAGCCGGCCGCAUCAAUGAUCGUCCUGCAAUUACAAUCCAAUCCCUCGAUGCGUCCAUCAGUAGACAAACUAUUGCAACACGAGUUCUUCACGUCUGGCAUAAUGCCGGCCGCGCUACCGCUGUCCUGCCUCACAACCGCACCAAGGACAGACCAGCUCGAGGGUAUGGCCCUACACCGCCGGCCUCUCAACGAGGUUAAUGCUAAUGAUAAUAUUAUGGCGGUGGACUCGCCAGUGAAGAGAGUGCCUCCCGCAGAACCCCGCGCUGUAGAACCCACAUCCCACCGACAAAAUCUCCUUGCACUGCGCGACCAACUUGCUGCGUUGCUUACUAAUAAGCUGAAGUGUCGUCGCGAAUGCCUCAACGACGAUAUGAGCGACCCCGCAGCACAACCGCUUGUGUGGGUCGGCAAGUGGGUCGACUACAGCGACAAGUAUGGGUUCGGCUACCAGCUGUGCGAUGAGAGUGUUGGAGUCAUGUUCAACGAUACUACCAAGCUGAUUAUGCUUGCUAAUGGAGUGAAUGUACACUACAUCAACCGGCAAGGCCAGGAGCAGUACAUGACAAUGCGGGAAUACCCUCAAGAGCUAGACAAGAAAAUGAAACUCCUUACGUAUUUUAGACGAUAUAUGACUGAGCAUCUUAUGAAAGCUGGAGCAUCAGUACCAGUUAGAGAGAGUGAUGGUCUCUCGAGAUUGCCUCACUUGCACCAGUGGUUCAGAACGACACUUGCCGUCAUUAUGUACCUUACUAAUGGAACUUUACAGAUAAACUUCCAAGAUCAUACCAAAAUAAUCCUGUGUCCUUUAAUGCAAGCUGUUACAUAUAUUGAUAUUGAGAAAAACUUUAGGACAUUCCGAUUCAGUACAAUUGAAGAACAUGGUUGUGAUAAAAAAUUAUACACUAAUUUGACAUAUGCCCUUGAAAAACUUAACAGUGUACUAGCUAAUAAACUGUGCUAGCCAAUUACUUACAUUGCCUAUGGACCUAGAAUAUCAUUACAUGAUUAUUAAUGAAUUAAUUAUCUGCACAGAUUGAAUGUGAGAAGAUGGA